CUUUCUCGGCUGGAUGUGUAUUGUCUGUCAGGAGAAGAAUGGGGCAAAAGAGCUUCUCGGUAUUAACAUAGACACGCAUUCCCGAGCUUUAGAGACAGGAGGAGAGCUUUCCUUUUUGGGUUCUUCAACAUGUGUUCGCCCUCGCCGAGCUUUCAUUCGUCACAUGAGACUCGGAGCGUGUGUGUUCCUGUUUGCUGAGCAAAGGAAGGAGGGAGACCAACGGCGGAGUGACUGACUGCCUCUACGCUCUCCGACUUCGGAACAUCAACUCACCUGUACGGAUAUCGCCGAACGAGCGGGGGGAAUAGUGGAAGUGUCGGUCCAUCGCUUCGGCCGUCGCCGCCGGGGUGACGCUCUCCUCUCUAAACGCCAAGCGCGGAUGUAAGAGCAGGCCACCAGAAUGUUCCAGCUCCCUGUCAACAACCUGGGCAGUCUGCGCAAAGCUCGGAAAAAUGUCAAGAAGGCCCUGGGAGACAUUGGCUUGGAGUACUGCAGAGAUCACUUAGAGGACUUUAAAGCUUAUACACCUCCAGAGGUGUAUAUAAAGCACACUUCUUGGGAAGAUGUGUGCAUGUGGGAGCCAUCGCAUACCAAAGUCCAAGACUACAGAUCCAAACCUUUCUGCUGCUCCGGCUGUCUCUUCUCAUCCAAAUACUUCUCAGCAUACAAGAGCCACUUCCGCAAUGUCCACAGCGAAGACUUUGAGAACAACAUCCUGCUUAACUGCCCCUACUGCACGUACAACGGGAACAAAAAGAGCCUGGAGACGCACAUCAGACUUUUCCACAUGCCCAGCAACACCGUGCGCCAGGGUCCUGUUGCCAUGGUGGGCGGUGCCAGUGGUCUCAUGAUGAAGGACAGCCUCCUAAAGAGGCCAGGGGACAGCGUGGAACAGGCCGUGUACUACUGUAAGAAGUGCACCUACCGGGACCCUUUGUACAAUGUAGUGCGGAAGCACAUCUACAGGGAACACUUCCAGCAGGUGGCUCAGCCUUACAUUGCAAAACCAGGAGAGAAGACAAACACUCCAAAUGGUGGCCCCAUCGCAAAGCGGGAGGGUAACAAUGCAAACAGCACCACAAGUCAUCAGAUCCAUUGCAAGAAGUGUCUGUUUGUCCCAAGGACCUAUGAGGCACUUGUUCAACAUGUCAUCGAGGACCACGAGAGGAUUGGCUACCAAGUGACUGCCAUGAUUGGCCACACCAGCGUAAUUGUCCCCCGGCCUAAGCCCAUCCUACUGAUGCCCCCGAAAACUCAUGGAGACAAGACCAUCAUCGGGAUGGGUCCGAAAGGGGUGGUCAUGGCCACCACCAGGCCUUCGGUUUCGCAGCAGAUGGCUCGAGUUGCCACCACAUCAAAGCCAAGCUUCGCUUCUCAGACUCUCCUCACUGGGAUUAAACAUGAGUCAGCGGGUUUAAAGUCAGGGACCAACCAGCCCUUCUCUUUUGCAGGCCAACAGAUGAAGGGCACCCUAUCAGGGAACGCCCAGGUUUCUCCACAGCUGCACUCAGCAAAACAUCACUUUACUGGAGGCAGCCUGCGGAGCCCUGUGGUGGUCAGCGCUGCAUCCUGCCUCAAGUCAAACCCCCUGGGCUCUCGGGUCCAGGCGGCAGCCACCACCUUUGCAUCAGUCACAGCCAAGAAAAGCGGCUCCUCGGUCCUGAACACGUCCUACACCCAGAAGUGGAAAAUCUGCACCAUUUGCAACGAGCUCUUCCCAGAAAACGUCUACAGUUCUCACUUUGAGAAAGAACAUAAAGCCGAGAAGGUGCCCGCCGUGGCCAACUACAUCAUGAAGAUUCACAACUUCACCAGCAAGUGUCUCUACUGCAACCGCUAUCUCCCCAGCGACACCUUGUUAAACCACAUGCUCAUACACGGCCUGUCGUGCCCACACUGCCGCGCCACCUUCAAUGACGUGGAGAAGAUGGUGGCUCACAUGCGUCUGUCUCACCCUGACGAGCCAGUGGGGCCUCGCACUGACUCUCCCCUGACUUUCGACCUCACCCUGCAGCAGGGCAACCCAAAGAACAUUCAGUUGAUUGUGACUACCUACAACAUGAAAGAUGCCCCAGAGGAGUCUGUGGCCUUUCAUUCCCAAAACAACACCCCCGUGUCGCCCUCCCUAUCCGCCACGCUGCUGUCGGCCAAGAGGUUAUUGUCUCAGCACUCGCCUAAACCACUCUCGACGGCACCUGAGAGUGCGCCUGUCAAGAAUGUCCCACAAACGUCUGUACCAUACAAAAGGGACGUGGGGAAGACUCUGUGUCCGCUUUGUUUUUCUAUCCUCAAGGGUCCAAUCUCAGACUCGUUGGCCCACCACUUGAGAGACAAGCACCAAGUUAUUCAGACAGUCCACCCGGUAGAGAAGAAACUGACUUACAAGUGUAUUCACUGUCUGGGUGUGUACACCAGUAACAUGACCGCCUCCACCAUCACCCUACACUUGGUGCACUGUCGAGGCGUAGGCAAGUCCCACAACGGGCAGGAUAAGUCUGCUCACACCUCCCGAAUCAGUCAGGGGCAGGGGGGCCCCAUGAAACGGACCGCCUUAGAUAGCGCCGAUACUAGUGCGCCAAAGAGGAAGAGGCGGGGACCUCCUGGGGAGAGAGCACACCCGAGAGAUAUAAACGGUCCAUUUGAAGAAAACCCAGAUGAGCCUGUUGCCCUUGUGCUAGACCCCAAAGGACUUGAAAAUGAGUCGUAUGAAUCUAGGAAGGCGUUUCUCACUCACUACUUCAAUCGAGCACCAUAUGCCACGCAGCGAGAAGUGGAGAAGCUGGCGGCCGGUCUGUGGCUGUGGAAGUCCGACAUCUCCAGCCACUUUGUCAACACACGCAGGAAAUGCACAGAGGAAUGUGAAAGCCACAACCCCAGCGUCCUACUUGGAUUUAGUAUGCACGAGGUCUGCAAAGUGAGCCAUGGCCUGGCGUUGGACAGGGAUGGCGACGCGUGCCAGAGCCAACCGGGCCGAAGGCGUACUUCUAGGACACGCUUAGGCCUGUCAGAACAAGCUCGCCAGAGGCGCAAGGAGUCCAUCGCUGCAAAUAGCGGCGUCAUGAUCUUCAAGGGUUUUAACCCCAACCUGAACACUACCAGAGACCCAACCGAGACAAUCAACAGCGCCCCACUUCAGAAAACACCCGUAGACCCUUCCGAGCCCAUCGCCAUUGACUCCGACAGCGAAGAGGAAGUCCAGCGGGAGUCAUCUCGAGUGCUGUGUAAACCUUCAGGAUCUGAGGGAAAAACAUUACUCAAGGAGGGGGUCAAGGUCACAUCCGGCCUACAAGACGUGUUCGAGGACGACGACGAGGAUGAUGAUGACGAUGACGACGAUGAUGAGGAUGAAGGCGUGCAUCUGGAGAAUGGCUUCGGGCCCACAGAGGCGGCCAAAGCAAGGGAUGCACUGCCCAUCAUUAUUCCCAAAUUCGUUCCCUCGUCUGCCAGGCGGGGUGGCGAUGGUGCACAGCUGGGUAAGCAGCAGGUCUGACUACUUACAUGACGUUGGACAAUUUUAUCGGACCUGCAGCCCCACACCAACAAAUCUGCCUCACCUAGACCCAAGGAACACACGAAGUAACUCCAAACAAGCCAUCCAAUGACAUUUCAAUUGACUUGAGGGGACUGGACAGUGUGGAAGGUUCAGAGUACACCGUGAGGUUUUAGCAAACUAGGAGAAGUAUUUUGGCUUACACCAAACAAAAGGCAUUAGUGUCUAUCUAGCCACUGGAUUUGUAAACAUGACCAGAUAAUCCAACUUUUUUUUUUUCUUUUUUACCCAAGUAGUUUUUCCAAAAAGUUGUAAAUUUGUACAGUCUUUUCGACAUGUUUGGCCAGAUGUCGCCGAACAUCACCUCUUGAAUAUUUGCUAUGUCUAAAGUAGACAUCUGUAUGCUUCAUGAUAGAUGUUGCUCUGGUGGCUGGUCUUUUCUUGUUAACUUUAUUUUUUAACUAAAAGUAUUUUUUUCUUUUGCAAAAUAAGAUAUGAAUAAAUAAUUAUGUUAAAUUGGUCAAUUUAUUUCUUUUGCACAGAGCUGCUCUCUUUUUAACAGAUUGUCUUGAUGACAGUAUUUUUGCAGUUUGUGCUUAUUAGCCAUGACUGCAGUCUACUUGCUGUUUUUAGCGUAACCUAUUAUCUGCGCCCCUCCCCCAGACACACGCACAUAACUGAUGACUGGAUGGUAACUAUCACAUUGUUAAAAUAUAUAUCUAUCUCAUGUUUCUUUCAUUCAUGUUUCUUUUCCACAAGUUUAUUUUCCACUUGCGCAUUCAUCAAUAAAGUGCUGUGAAUCUUUCCCACAAUAAUGGUGGCCAAACUAGCUUGAUUUAAUUUAAAAUGAAAUUCAACCAUGUCAAUUGGGGGUCCUUGAUACACUGUCAUGAAAAAGGUAUUGACCACCUUCUCAAAUUUUUGCAUAGUUUCCCCACUUUGUUUAAGAUCAUCAAACAAAUGUAAAUAUCAGACAAAUACAACUCAAGUGAACUUAAAAUGCUGUAUUUAAAUGGUGAUUUUAUUUAUUAAAGAAAAAAAGUAUUCAAAGUUACCUGGCCCUGUGUGGAAAAACUAAUUGUUUGAAUUCAGCAAUGGGGGGUUUUCGAGCAUGAACUGGCUUUUGAUGGUCAUGUCACUGCAUUUUAAUCUGAUUCAAGUCUGGACUUUGACGAGGCCAGUCCAAAACCUUUGUUUUUUUUAAUGCCAUUCAGAAGUUGAAGUGUGUUUUGGAUCGUUAUCCUGGUGCAGAACCAAAGUACAUUUUCCUUCAAUAUCUUCUGAUAAAGUGGAGAAUUCAUGGUUCUAUCAAUCAGUACAGGUACUCCAGGUCCUGAAGGAGAAAUCAGCCUAAGACCAUCACACUACCACCACCAUGUUUGACUGUUGGUAUGAUGUUCUUUUUCUGAAAUGCUGUGUGACAUUUACACCAGAUGUAAUGAGAUGCCCCCCAAAAAGCUAAACUUUCAUGUCAUCAGUCCAUAAUAUUCUCCCAAAAGUCAGUCCCAAAGCAAAUCAGAUGUUUUUUUGUAAAGCUAAGACGAGCCUUUGUUCUUUUUGGUCAGCAGUGUUUUUUGCCUUGGAAUUCUUCCAUGGAUCCCAUUUUUGCCUAGUCUCUUCCUUAUUGCUGUGUCAUGAACACUGAGCUUAACUGAAGCGAGGGAGGCCUGCAGUUCUUAAGAUGUUAUCCUGACUUCUUUUGUGGCCUCCUGCAUGAGUCAUUGCUGUUCUCUUAUAAAUAAUCUUUGUAGGCCGGCCACUCCUGGGCAGGUCAAACACUGUUCUGUGUUUUCUCCAUGUGAGGAUAAUGCUCUCCCUAUGGUUUGCUGGAAUCUUAAAGCUUUAGAAAUGGCUUUUGCAACCCUUUCCAGACCGAUAGAUAUCAAUUACUUUAUUUCCCGACUCUUCUGGAAUUUCUUUGGUUCGUGUCAUUUUGUUGCAGCUUUUUUAGAUCUUUUCUCUGACUUGAUUUUGUCAGGACAGAUUCUGUUUUUAAGUGAUUUCUUGAUUGAACAGGUCUGGAGGUAAUCGGGCUUGAGUGUGAUCAGUGAAAAUUUACCACAAAUUGUGAUUAGCCACAAUUAAUUACAGAUUAACAAGGGGGAUAAUUACUUUUUCCACACAGGGCCAGGUAACUGAAUUUGUUUUCCUUAAUAAAUGAAGUCACCAUUUAAAAAGAGCAUUUUAAACUAACUUGGGUUAUAUUUGUCUGUUUAUGUUUUUUUUAUGAUCUUAAACAAAGUGGGGGAAACUGCUAAAAUAUAAGAAUUUGAGAAGGAGGCCAAUACCUUUUCACGGCACUGUGGAUGAGUAGAUUUUUAUGAAUAGCAAGAACCUACAAACAUUUCUUGAACACGUCCAUCAAACAUAACACUAUCACAUUAUCUUAAUCUUUUGUGAUGUCACACGAUCAUACAAGUCUUUGAAAAUGGUUUCCAAAUUUGACUGCUUUCUGUUCCGGGACUGUCCAAAUUGGUUAACAUUGUAACCAAAUAGUCAAAUCUGAGCAACCCCACACGAGGAAGAAAAAUAUGCAAAUGUAUGCAAUGCAUACUGGUCUCUGUGUGUGGUGUACUGCACCAACAAUGCACUACAUGCAGAGGCGGUCCUGGACAGAAUGGUGUCCUGUACGACGGCCAGCAAAUGCGCCCUUUUGCCAGUUGU